UCCGUAAAUUCUGUGGACAGAGUCGCCGGAGCUGUUCCAUUUCCGAUCUGUAAACCCCGCCAUUCGCAACUCUCCUCUACCGCCGGGGAGAAUUCACCGUCUCACCGAUGGAAAUAGAUAGCAAGGAAAGGCAUGAAAUCAAUUUGCAGCCGCCGAAAGAGAACAAUUUUUAUCUGCAGAAGUUUCGGCUCUACGAGACUCGCUCGAACUUUUACAUGAUAGGAUGGGAUAAUAAAACUAUUUGGAAAGUAUUAAAGAUUGAUAGAUUAGAAUCCUCAGAGCUACUCAUUCAUGAAGAUCCCACCAUAUAUUCAGAACGUGAAUACUUAGACCUCCUAAGCAGAAUACAUGAAGGAAACAAGUCUACUGGAGGGCUUAAAUUCGUUUGUCUCUGCUAUGGAAUUAUUGGUUUUAUAAAGUUUUUGGGAGCUCAUUACUUAUUGGUUAUCACUGAAAGAAGAGAGAUCGGAAAGAUACGUGGUCAUGUUAUUUACGCUAUCACUGAGAGCGAGAUGUUCCCGGUUCCCAAUUCUACGGUGCUUUCCAAAAUGGCGUAUUCUAAGGAUGAGAACAGAUACCUAAAGCUCCUGCGCAAGAUGGAUCUCACAAAGGACUAUUUUUUCAGCUACUCCUAUCAUAUAAUGCUUAGCUUUCAAAAGAAUCUGAGCAACUCAAAGACAGGUGUCGCCAUUUAUGAGACAAUGUUUGUAUGGAAUGAGUUCUUGACUCGAGAAAUUCACAAUCAACUCCAAAAUACUCACUGGACUGUUGGAUUAGUCUAUGGGUUUUUUAAGCAGGCUACAUUUAAAAUUUCUUCGCAAGACUUCAUCUUAACCCUCAUUGCUAGACGCUCUCGCCAUUAUGCUGGUACCAGAUAUUUAAAAAGAGGAGUAAAUGAGAAGGGCCGUGUAGCAAAUGAUGUUGAGACAGAACAAAUUGUAUUUGAAGAUGUACCUGAAGGGUCCCCUUUUGGAGCAACUUCUGUUGUACAGAACCGUGGUUCAAUACCUCUUUUUUGGUCUCAAGAAACUUCACGCUUGAAAGUGAAACCUGACAUCAUAUUGUGUAGGAGGGACUUUAAGUUUGAAGCCACCAAACUUCACUUUGAAGAUCUUGUUCAAAGAUAUGGAAAUCCAAUUAUUAUAUUGAACUUGAUUAAGACUCUUGAGAAGAGGCCCAGAGAAAUGAUUCUUCGUGCAGAAUUCGCUAAUGCUAUUGAGUUCUUAAACAAAGAUCUUCCUGAGGACGACCGCUUGAGAUUUCUUCACUGGGAUAUAAACAAACGCCCGAGAAUCAAAGCUAAAAUGGCCUUGAUACGUCUAAGUGAUGUGGCUGCUAAUGCUUUGGAGUUAACUGGCUUUUUACACUGUCAGCUUAUCCCUACUUCAAGAACUGAGGAGUUGCAAAAAUUGUCGCCCGUCAGUUGUGAUGAUAGAGGAGACCAUGUUAAAGAGGACCUUGACGAAAUGGAUGUUGAAAUGGGCAAUGAGUGUGACAAACUGCGUGGAGCUUACUGUGUCAACGUUUCAUCAGUCCAAAAUGGAGUCUUAAGAACGAAUUGUGUAGACUGUUUGGAUCGCACAAAUGUUGGCCAGUAUGCCUAUGGACUGGUCGCUCUGUCCCAUCAGCUGCAUGCCUUAGGCUUUGUAGAUGUAGACAACAUCAACAUUGAUUCACAUUCUCCUUUAGCACAAGACCUAAUGCAGAUCUACGAAGAAAUGGGAGACACUCUUUCACUGCAAUAUGGUGGCUCUGCUGCACAUAAUAAGGUAUUUUCAGAAAUGCGAGGUCAAUGGAAAGCAACAACAAGGUCUCAAGAGAUCAUUCGAUCGGUCCAGCGUUUCUACCGUAAUGCGUACAUGGACCCUGAGAAACAAGACGCCAUAAAUGUGUUCUUGGGCCAUUUCCAGCCACAAGAGGGUGGGCCAGCUCUGUGGGAAUUGAAUCCAGACCAGCAUUAUGAUGUUAGGAAGCAUGGAUCAAGUCCAACUGCAGAAAGAUCUAGGUCAUAUAUUAAAAGAUCGCUAUCAGAAGGAAACAUAAGUUGUGGAAGCAGUUCUCAGGGUAAAGACACUGACAUAGAUCAGACUGAAGACACUUACCAGCCUUUGACUGAACGUAGCAAAGGUUGUAAGGGUAUUUCGGAGUCAUCACCAGAAAUCUCUACUUGUGACAGUGAUAUUCCGUUUACCAGGUACAACCCCUCAAUGUCAAGCAGACAGCUUUUCCAUGAUAUACAGUUAGAUCAAUGUCUCGGAAGUAGUAGCUUUAAAUUUGAUGAAGGUGCUUUGUUCGAUUCCUCAAAUUUUUUAGAUGUUGAUUGGCUCUCUUCAUCGGGAAAUUCUUGUGAAGAAGAAACAUAUGACAGAUCUUCGAUCAUAGGUUCUCCAUCUCGGGGCAUGUCAUCGGAUAGCAUGACAAAUGAGCUCAAAGCAGAAACAAACGUUUCAGCUCCUAAUUCUGGGGCAAGCUUGAAGAAGGUGCAGACUCCUGGAGAAAUCAGUGUUGAUGCUAAAGUGAGUAAGGAGAUACACCGGCAAUACUCUGAGAAGUUUAUUCGUUGGGUUAACGAAGGAGAUGUGCUUUUUCAUUGAAGUUCAGUAAAGUUCUGGUCUGGUCUCUUUUUGGAGCUAUACAUUAUUUUGGACAGUUACAUUGAUAGAUCGCAUCCCAAGGACGAUGUGGAUACAU